UUCUUGCGGUACAAGGCACCCUUAUUUUGAGCUUCUCAUUCUUCUUUCUCCUCAGUCCUCCCUUUUCAACCUUUUCUCUGAUCGAGUAAGCGAUAUAGAGAGAGGUUGGGAGCGGUUACAUAUUAAAGAGUACAGUUUAUUUUAGAUAAUGGGUCGCGGCUUAACGACUGAUCAGGUUUUGCCGGCGUCGGAGGCAGUUCUGACGACUGCGACGGGAAGACCUAUGGCUCCUGGAUUCCGAUUUAAUCCAACCGAUGAAGAACUCAUUAGCUACUACCUAAAGAGAAAGGUUCAGCGCAAACCGAUAGCUCUCGAUCCGAUUGGAGAAGUCGCUGUGUACAAGCAAGAAGAUCCCUCUGGCUUACGAGAUCAAUCGAAGAUGAAGACAACGGAACGAGAAUGGUUCUUCUUCACUACUCUAGAAAAGUACGAACAUAGUGGUUGUGGAAUACGAUCAACAGCCAAAGGCAACUGGCGCGAAAAAGGAAGAGAAAAGAAAAUCAAGCGAGGAGGAGACGGUCAGGUGAUUGGCCACCGCAAGAGGCUUGUGUUUUUCACAAACAAUCAAGCAACCGAUUGGGUGGUCCAUGAGUAUCAACUCGUCGACAAUGAUGGCCAUGUUCAGACAGAUGCGUACGUGUUGUGCAGAUUGUUCGACAGUAGUGGAAGCAUAAAUGCACCCUUCUCGGAACAAGAGUGGGAUGAUGCUGAUAAUGAGAAGAUUCAGAAGGCAAGCAACUCAAGGAGCAUGGACCUCUUUGACCUCAACGAGCUCCCUAGAGAGUUUGAGAUUGAUGAUGACGAUUCCAAAGCAGUUGAUCAGGACGAUAAUAACAACGAUGCAUGUCUUCUUCCCUGUGUCCUCAACAAAGAAGCUCCACUCCCUACAGAGUUUGAGAUUGAUGAUGACGAUUCCAAAGCAGUUGAUCAGGACGAUAAUAACAACGAUGCAUGUCUUCUUCCCUGUGUCCUCAACAAAGAAGCUCCACUCCCUUUCGUCCGAUACAGACGCAAGCGCCAAUUAGACUCUGACAACUCAAUCCAAACCACCCCAAAAACCACCAGCGGUACUACUAUACCUCAUGUUGCCGCAUUGCUGGAGCGGAGUGAACCAGUGCCAGUUGAUACAACGAUGGUUGUGCCUACAAGCUCCUACACCGAGGAGCUGAUCAAGGAUCUGCAGAAGGAGAGGCAGCAGAUUGCUGUGGAGCGUGAGAGGUAUAUGCUUGAGAUGACGAAUGCAGAAAUGACGAUAAGCGAUCUUGUGGGGAAGAAUGAUGCACUGCGUACUGAGAUUGAGGAGUUGAAGAAGAAGAACAGCAACAAGGAACAAGGCUCCUAAAGGGACACAACUGUGUGUGUGUCUCUUGUUUUUAAUUUCUCUUGCUUAUGUUUCAUUGUAGUCUUAGGAGAGACCAAGUUAGUCUUGUGAAUUGUGUGGACCUUUUGGGAACUAUGUGAAUCUAUAAUCGCACACAAUUAGUAGAACCUGAGACAUGUAUAGUUCAUGUGUACUUCUAUAUGAAAUUAAGGCAAGAGACAUAGACAUUUACGGCACAAUCUUCUCUUAGG